ACAUUCUUUGAAUACUAUCACUUUCUUCCUCAGGAGACGAAGAACAGCCACAAAUAGAGCUGAAGCUACCUUGACUUGGUCUUCCUGCCUCAAUAUGUUAAUUCCAAGCUCCAAGAUGACAACCAAGCGUAGAUUAAGUCUCUCUUCAUCGAUUUUGGGUAUAUAUUACUCAUCUUACCUUCUCUUCUCUGUACAUAGCCAGAUAAGAAUAUCUCGUUUUGCAGGGAGCAUGCUGUCUUGGUGAGUGGUUGUUUGUGGGUUGUGCGGGUACUGAUGGGAAAUUGCGCUCUUCGGGGAAACCCAUCCACCAACAGAGUGUCUUCCAACGCAAAGUCAGACUCUCCGGAGGUGCAGAGUCCAGAGGAAAGGGAGGAGGUCAGCAACCUGCCAUCAAACCCAGAGGAAGUCGAGGACUUGCGACGGGAUUCGGCAGCAAAUCCUCUUGUGGCAUUCUCUUUCAGUGAAAUCAAGCUCAUUACAGAAAAUUUCAGAAAGAGCUACAUCUUAGGUGUAGGGGGAUUUGGCAGUGUGUACAGAGGAUUCAUCACAGAAGAUCCUGAGGAGGGGCUUCAACCUCAUCAAGUAGCUGUGAAGGUCCAUGAUGCUGCCAACGGCUCCCAGGGUCACAGAGAAUGGCUGGCUGAAGUUGUAUUCCUCGGGCAACUUUCUCACCCAAAUUUGGUGAAAUUAAUUGGAUACUGCUGUGAAGAUGAUCACCGAGUUCUGAUCUAUGAGUACAUGGCUGGGGGCAGUGUGGAAUCCCAUCUCUUCUCCAGAAAAGUGCCCUCCCUUCCUUGGCGUGUCAGAAUGAAGAUUGCAUUUGAUGCAGCAAAAGGGCUUGCUUUUCUCCAUGAAGCUGAAAAGCCAGUCAUAUAUCGCGACUUCAAGACAUCAAACAUUCUCUUAGACGAGGACUACAACGCAAAGCUAUCUGAUUUCGGGCUUGCAAAAGAUGGACCAGUGGGUGAGAUAUCUCACGUUUCAACACGGAUAGUGGGAACUCGUGGAUACGCAGCACCCGAGUACAUGAUGACAGGGCAUCUGACGGCCAGCAGUGACGUCUACAGCUUUGGCGUUGUCCUGCUCGAGCUGCUCACGGGGAAGAGAUCGCUGGACAAGUCUCGCCCGGUCAAGCAGCGGGCGCUGGUCGACUGGGCUGUCCCCUCGCUCGCCGAUAAGAAGAAGGUCCUCCACAUCGUGGAUCCCAAGCUGGACGCGGACUGGCCCCAGAGAGAUGCUCAGAAGGUAGCAAGGCUGGCUUGCCAUUGCCUCGACCAGAACCCCAAGGCAAGGCCAUUCAUGCGAGACGUCGUCGACUACUUGGAAUCUCUUCAGAGAGCUGUUUAGGGCCACCACAAUUGGUGGUCUGUGCGUAGUGCUAGGAAGAAGACUUGAUAGCUUGCUUUCUUUCUUGGAGGGCCACAUGAUACUACGUUGACGGCUGUAGUAGUUUGCCUCCAGUAAACUCUUUCGAUUUCUUCUUC